AUGCUCAAAUACAUCUUACUUGCCCUUUCACUACCCCUGACAUGGGCUUCUAAAUUCCAAGAGUACCCGCUCUCAGAAUUGGACGUGUCCACCUACAAGCCAUAUUCAGCAGGCAAUUCCAUUCCCAUAGAAUGUAUCAAGAGACAAAUCGACAAUGGAGAACACGUUUUCGAUGACAAGGGAGAAAUUGUCUAUGCUCCGUUCAUGUCGUGUCUGGAGUCCAAUGCCCCAUUGUCCCUGAAAUACAUGGAGGACUCUAACAUUAAAUGUACAGUCAAGUUCGAAGAUGAGAUCUUUCACCUCUUCCAAUUGUAUUUACAUAAAGAUGCUCCAUUGACUUGCCGUUUCGAACUAAGACCAAAUUCCCGUAUUUACGUGCCUGUUGAUUUCAGUUUCAGGGGAAACGUUCUAGAGUCGCAUUUCGACAUCGAUCCUAAUGUCAACGUCCUGCUCCUCUCCAACAAGGAUAAUGAAAUUGUGUCAGGUACGGCAUUUUCAUCUUCUGGAAAUACAACAAAAGUUAUUAUUGGCCAAAAUGUGCCUCUCAGCUUCAAUAUAAAAUGGCUGAGUAUCGGAAGGGACAUUUAUGACACAGAGAACAACCUCGUUGCUUAUUGGUUACCUGCUCCAAAUAAUUCCCUAUACUAUAUUUACGCAAUUUCUGGCCUGAUAGUUGGCAUUGUCUUUACGUUUCUAUUUUCAUACAAAAGAAUAGGCAAGAAAGUCGAAGCAGCUGGUGCUACAUGGAAUAAACUCGAAUGA